AAGAAAUCCAUGACAUACAGAGCAGCUUCCUCUAUCUAUUUUCUUAAAAUUUAAUAUAUUUUGCUCUCAGCACCAUGUCGUCAAAGAAAACGAUAGUGUCAGUGGAUCUACUCUGUUCAAAGUGCAGGAAAAAGGUGAUGAAGUUAAUUUCAUCAGUAGAAGGGAUAAAUUCCAUCGUCCUCGACCCAUCAAAAAACACAGUGACAGUAACUGGUGAAGCUGAUCCAGUAAGAAUCAUCAAGAAAGUGAGGAAGUUCAGCAGGUCUGCACAAAUAAUUAGUGUAGGUCCUCCCAAGGACGAAAAGAAGGAUGAGAAGAAGAAUGACACAGCCAUGCUUUCUCUUCCAAGAACGUGCCAGAAAUGCGAUGUUUGGUACGUGGUUAGCGACGAUUAUUUCCCCCAGUGCAACAUUCUAUGAUUAUUGAAGAGACCAUGUUUCUUGUAUGUUCACUAGAAGCUGUAUCGAUUUGCUUUCAGUUUGAUUUGUUGAAUUCCAUAUUGGAAAUAAGUAUUUGUCAAAGAUUUUCGCUUGGAAUGCAAUAACAGUCUCUCCUCC